CCAAGCUGGUCGUCGGUGGUACCGCUUUAGUUUGCCGUGAAACAGUCUGUUCGGAGUAAUACAUAUGUUUAACUAGAGGCUUGUUUUGAAAUAUUAGCCUGGAUUUGAGUGGGGAAUUCGUCCUAAUUCACCGAGAUAGGACGAUUGUCUCUGUACAGUAAACUGAAAGGUUACAGAAGGAAAGCUUGCUAGUUAUUUUUGGCUUAGCUACCCAUGAUAGCCGGGUAGCCAUGUAACUGUUAGCUAUGCUAACGUUUGUUAGUUCAGAUCAUGCAUAUGCCUAGCUUCCCAUAGUAUGUUGGUUUAACGUCAACACGGUUGAUUUAACACGCCGUUUAACAAUAACGAUAGCAUGUUGAUUAUGCUUCAUGUGAAGGUUUGUCGAGUUCUCAUCUGACGUUACGAUAUGGUGCUAGUAACUAUAACGUUAGCUUGCGAUAACGUUAAUGUAUUGUGUCGUGGCAUGGAAAAAAUACAGGCAUUGAUUGUCUUUUCAUCAACCAGUUCUGUUGCUGACGAGGUUAACGUUAGCACCGGCAAGUAACAGCAGUUCAGGAGGGCUCUUAUGUGAAACAAGUUAGCUAAGCUUCCAUUACCAGUGUUAAUAACCUAACCAAACUAAUCGGUGGUAAGUUUCUCGUUAGCUGCUGACCGUGGUGCUGGAGGAGGGUUUAAUUAGCUAGGUUCUAGGGAUAUCCAGUUGAUUGAGCCGAAUCCCCUUGAUGGAACGACAACUCGUUAGCAGGCAGUGCCCCCUGGACCCCGGCCAGCCCCAGCAGCUCCCUCUCCUGCUGGCCUAGAUGCCCCAGGCCCAGGCUGGCGGCCGGAGUGACGCGGUUGGGCGAAGCCGAGACCAUGGUCCUGAAUGGCAGGCGGCAGCAGAGCAGCCGCGUCUCCGGGCAGCAGGCGGCAGGGCAGGCCCGGCCCCCCUCCUCCACCUCCACCUCCUCCACCUCCUCCACCUCCACCUCCUCCCAGCGCUCCCAGCUACGGCACAGCAGGAGCUCCCCCAGCACACGCAGGGCCAGCCGCAGCCGCAGGUUGGGUGCAGGGGCUCUUGAGGGGGAGCGGCGCCAUGCCCUCUCCUCGGCGAUGAAGGCCAGGGAGCUGUGUGAGAACGACGACCUGUCCACCUGCCUCAUCGUCGACCCCUACCUGGGCUUCCAGACUCACAAGAUGAACCCCAGGUUUCGGCCAAUCAAAGGCAGACAGGAGGAGCUGAAGGAUGUGAUUGAGCGCUUCAAGAAGCACGACAACCUGGAGAAAGCCUUCAAGGCCCUGACGGCAGGAGACUGGACCCGCAGCCACCUCCAGCACAAGAGCAAGGCCCAGGAGAAACUCUUCAAAGAGCACGUAUUUGUUUACUUGCGCACGUUUUCAACAAACAGCGGGUUCGAGAUUUUACCCUGUAACCGUUACUCGUCAGAGAUGAACGGAGCCAAAAUCGUUGCAACUAAAGAGUGGAAGCGCAAUGAUAAGAUUGAGUUUCUGGUGGGCUGCAUCGCCGAGAUGUCCGCCAGCGAGGAGAAGAACCUCCUGCGGCACGGCGAGAACGACUUCAGCGUCAUGUACUCCACGCGCAAGAACUGCGCUCAGCUGUGGUUGGGGCCCGCUGCGUUCAUCAACCAUGACUGCCGGCCAAACUGUAAGUUCGUCUCCACAGGCAGAGACACAGCGUGCGUCAAAGUUCUCCGAGACACCGAGCCAGGCGAGGAAAUCUCUUGUUACUACGGAGACGGCUUCUUUGGGGACAACAAUGAGUAUUGUGAAUGCUACACCUGUGAAAGACGAGGCACGGGAGCGUUCAAGUCGAAGGCUGGUCUGCCGGUGGUGGCUCCGGUCAUCAACAGCAAGUACGCCCUGCGGGAAACGGACCGCCGGCUCAACCGGCUCAAGAAGAUGGGCGAGAGCAGCCAGCACUCAGACACACACUCCGUUGGCUCGCACACCGACGCCGAGACUCAGGAAUCACCACAGACACAUUCAUCAGCGCAGAAACGCUUCCCUAGCCCCGGCCUGAGGCUGAGCCGCACCCGCAGCAGGACCCAGACCCGGCAGAACCAGAACUCUCUGUCCAAACCUUCCAGCUCUACCUCACCCUCCAAAGCUGCUACGGCGCCCCCGGCCGGCAGCAGCAGCGCUAACAGCGGGCGUCGGCUGUCCAAGAGGCACCAUCGCUCCCGGUCCAAACGGGCCCCUCCCACCCACCACCCCCCCGCUGCUCCGGCCCCCGCCCCCACCAGCGUCCGGCUGCGCAGCCAGGGCCGCGUGCGAGGGGGGGGGGUCCAGCACAAGACCCCCCCGGCCCCCCCGCCCCCCCCGCCCAGGGCCACCAGGCUGACGCUCUGCCACAGCAUCAAGCAGGAAGCGCUGGAGCUCGGGGUGGGCGUGGAGGCGUGCGGCUACAGGACUCGCAGGCUGACGCGCACGCUUCUGAAGGAGCAGCAGGAGGCGGCCGGCAGGGCUGAGGUCGGGGUCGGGGGGGUCGCCGUGGGGUCAGGGGUCAAGCACGAGCCCCACGUUCCAGACACCACGCACCUGGGCGGGAUGGUCAUCAAGACGGAGCCCGCGGACAUGGAGGAGUACCUCCAGCACGGGUCGGGUGUGGCCCCGCCCAGCCAGGACCUCCCAGCCAAUCACAGCCUGCAGGCAGCGCCGCGACGGGUGACCCGUCUGCGAUCUGAUAGGACAGUUAAACAGGAAGAGGAGGGCACUCUUUGCCCUCCACCGUUCCCCCCUCCAAAGUCUUGCCCCUCCCCUUCCCCUUCCCCUUCCCCUAGCCUCGGGGUUCUCAGCCAAUCAGUCGUUUCGAAAGACUUGAAUCCCCGCGGAAACGGCUCCUCGUCGAGCCGCAAGGGGAAGAAGAAGCGGAAGCACCGACUGGUGCGCUACGACGCGCUGCUCAUCGAGGACAGCAGCGGCAUCCCCAAGCUCACCCUCCGCCGGCGCAACCACAGCGGCAGCGGCCGGCGCAAGAGUCGCACGAAGGCCUCGGCGAGCGCGUCGUCGUCGUCGACGUCGACGUCGACCUCUCAGAAGAGCCACCGGCGGCCCGCCUCCCCGUCCUCGUCGUCCUCCUCCAAGAUCAGCAUCAAGUUCCGCAAGAAGCGGCACGCGGACUGGGGCGACGCCUACGUGGCGCACCUCAACAACGGCUUCGGCCCCAACGGCGGCAACGGCGGCGUCUCGCACGGCAACCGCAGCCACUCCCACACCAAGCUGAAGAUCCAGCUGAAGCGCGAGGAGGAGGAGGAGGAGCAGCAGGUGACGCAGUCGCACACGGCGCUCGGACCCCCCGCCACCGCGCUCAGCGCCGCCACGCCACCAGGAGGCGCCAGAGAGCCGCUGCUGCAGCAGCAACAGCAGCAGCAACAACAACAACAGCAACAACAGCAGCAACAACAACAACAACAACAACAGCAUCAAAAGCAGCAGAAGAAACGCGACUCCAGAAAACGCGACAGCAGGAAACACCGCGCCCACCCGCCCCCAGCCCCUACGCUCUCCUCCUCCUCCUCCUCAGAGGAAGAGGAAGAGGAGGAAGAGGAGGAGGACGACGAUGACGCGGACGACUUUGACGACUUCUUCCCGCUGCCGGCGCCCAAGCGCCUGCGGCUGAUCCUGGGGAAGGAUUCCAUCGACAUUGACAUCUCCUCCAGGAGGAGACAGGACCAGGCGCUCCGCCUUCACACCUGACCCCGCCCCCUUCAUGGGUCACAUGACCUGAGCCCCUCGGUGCGUAGCACCGCCCACAAUCAGCCCCGCAGGUGUUGAUGUAAAAAAAAAAAAAAGGUUUUUAGUCUUCGGGAGGACCUGUUGUGUAUGAACCUCUCAAUCAAGUCAGUGGACAUUCUGUAAAUUAUACAAUGAAAAAAAGAGAUCAUACCAUAAGUCAAAGCACUUCUGUUUUGUAAGAUAAAAAAAGGAAGAUGUAGAAUAUAUAAGUGUUGGUAAAAGCUGCCCAUGCAGAUUUAUAUAAAUAUAUAAUUUUUUCUGUUUUUUUUUUUUUUUUUUUCUAUUGUCAUUUGCUUUGGUGCUGUUUUUUUUCUUUCUUUUGUUGAAACUGAAUCUGUUUGUUGAAAGGUUGUGGAAGAUGACCUUUGGCAUGCUGAUGUUAAGAGGGAAAUGGGAUGUCAAAGGAAAGCUGGGUCCAGAGAUGCCCCUUCACAACCCCACGGUGCUGGAGUGUGUGAGGGCUUUGUGUUCCUAAGACAUAUCCCCCUCCCCACCCCUUCCAUCACUCACACACACACACACACACACACACACACACACACACACACACACACACACACACACACACACAGUCAGAGUCAGCUUAGACACUACACGCUACAGGUUGAGGCAUGCUGGCGCACACACACACACACACACACACACACACACACGUGACUCCUGUGUGGUAGGACCUUCACCAAUAAAUAAAUACAUAAACAUAAGUAUAAAUAUGAAUAAAUACGAGGACACGUGCCAGUACAUCUCUAGCAGCAGUGUCCAGACAAGUCUUAGCUAGCAUCACAGAUUGAUUUGAAAGUUUGUGAUCUGAUGGGCACUGUGUGUCCCCUCUAUGGACCAGAUCACCAUAUCAGUGCUCUGUGGUUCACAUGACCACAUCAGCCCUACUAUCACAUCAUGCAUUUUUAAUGGCCAUUCCUUUUUGAUCACACACACACACACUUACAUACACUUGGAAUGAUAAUGCUCUUGGAUAUGUCUGAGGGAAUGCAAAGCCCUCUGGCACACUCAAACACUACACACGUAGGACUCCAAUGGUGCUGUUGGAUAUGUAAUAAUGGACACACACACACACACACACGUACGUGUACACACACAGGAGUCGAUGUGGUGCAGUUGGACAUGUACACCUCACACAAACACACACAUAGUCAGCAGGGUGAGACCAACUGACUGAACUCCUCAGACUGUGUGUGUGUGUGUGUGUGUGUGUGUGUGUGUAUGUGUGCAAGCGCAAGAGACUGAGUUGGUAAAUGAAAACUGUGUCGCUGCAUCAUGGUCUGAAAGCUGACAGGAACUUUCGUAGAGAGUCAAACAGUACUGGGAGAUUUUUGUUGUUGUCGUUGUUCUGUAUAAGGUAUAUCAUUUUGGAUGUUUAUUUUUUACAUGUCACCAAUUCCAGGAAAAGUGUUUGUUUUACCUGCUGAAGUAACUUAGACUGGUGCAUCUCCCUUCGUCUGUUUUACAGAGAGGUCCAGGCAGCUCACCCCACGGCCCCCAGUCAGUCAGCAUCCACAGCAAUGUGAACCCCCCAGUACAGCUACAGUAAUCAACCACACAGGAAGUGAUGUAAUGUGAACCCCCCAGUACAGCUACAGUAAUCAACCACACAGGAAGUGAUGUAAUGUGAACCCCUUUCUCCCCCCCCCCCCCCCCCCCCCCAGUACAGGCUACAAUAAUCACCACACAGGAAGUAAUGAAAUGUGAAUCUCCCCAGGGCUGACACAACAACCACCACACAGGAAGUGGUGGUGGUGGUUGUUGUGUCUGGUGGCACCUGCUUUUACUAUCAUGUAUAGCACAACAUGUGUAUAAUUCAGCCAUGAGUCAUUUUGACGGAGGUCUUUAGAGGGUACAAGAACCCAGUUCUAAAGGAAGAAUCUAGCACAUAGAACACCAAAAUGUUGAAGGUUGGGUUCUGCACAGUUAGUAUGUGUGUGUAUGAUCUUGGACACUAUGGAAUCCACUGCUGUAGACGUGGUGCUCCCAUGGGCUUGUAAACGUUGCUCUGCGGUCUGACCAUAUCUCAUCAUGAGUCCGAUUUGAAAGUGUACAAGUUCCUCAUCAUAGACCUGUUGGACUGGAACACUACUGGUUUUAAUAUGCAUCUGAGUCCAGUGCGGACGGGUCCGGCUCCGCUCGGAACCCGCUUGGACUGGACCUGUAUGGUUUUUAACAGCAUCACACAGCCAUUUCCACACAGCACUUGGUGCCUUAAGCGACUCCGACUCCAGGAUGCGAACAUCAUCAUCUCCAUCUGACAGGACUCAAGCCCCCAGCAGCGGGAAAUCCUCAUUCACUGUCUGGCCACCGAAAACCCUCUCCCCCAUGGUGUCUGUCUGUCUGUCUGUCUGUCUGUCUGUGUGCCUGUUUGUCUGUCUGUAUUUGUAUGUAUGUGUGUGUGUGUGUGUGUGCAUGUGUUUGGGCGUGUGUGUGUGUGUGUGUGUGUGUGUGUGUGUGUGUGUGUGUGUGUGUGUGUGUGUGUGUGUGUGUGUGUAUAUAUAUGCUGAAUGUUUGGACCCCUUUCCCUACAUAGCAGCUGCCUGUGGCUCUGGUCUGAUCCGGUGCUGAUCUGACACGGGUCUGGCACUGACCCGCUAUUGGUCCAAUUAGUCUCAGAUCCAGUCCUCGUAUGGUGUGGGCCUGGUGCCGACCCUGGUACCGUGCUGGUCUGGCCCUGUGCUGUUCUGAGUCUGCUGUUAUCUGGGACCUCUGCUUUGUUGUUCAUCUCACCAGCAGUAGGCCCCGUGUGCGUGUGUGUGUGUGCGUGCGUGUGUAUGUGUGUGUGUGCGCGUGCGUUUCUAUGUCCAGACCUAUGCUGACUCUUGGCCAGAACAGAACCGUAUCUCAGCCAGGUCGGCCCCCGCAGCCAGCUGCCCCCCCACCCCCCACCCUCUCUCUCUCUGUCUCCGCUCGGCUUCACUCGAUCCUCCAGCUGUCCCCUCCAUCGCCCCUUGUACAGACGUCUGUGGGAAAGAUCCCUUUUAAAGACUGUGUGAAUAGUUUGCUGAUAAGCAAGUGUUACAAGGACACAGGUGACACUGACCCAGAGUUUUGAAGAGACAGUGACAAAACUGUCUUAUCGUGUACAACAUGCGGACAUAUUGUACUUAUUUAACAGUUUUGAAUACUUGAAAGCAAGAUAAAAGUUUCUUUGCGAAAA